ACAACAACACGAAAAAAAAAGAAAAACAACAACAACAACAACUAAACAUCAAUAACAUAAAGUAUGAUAAACUAGAUGAAAACACUACAUAAAGAGAUAAAUUAUAGGGUAGUUGAAGUCUACAUAUGAAGUAACAUGGAUACUGAGAAUGGAACAAGUGAGGAAGCUGUGAAAUUAAUGAAUAAUGGUCUGUCAGUGCCGGAACAAACUGCUGUGAAGAAGAUAUAUGUAUUCGAUCAUUCGCAAGAUGACAUUAAAAUGCCCUUGUAUGAGAGACAGAGCAGCGUUAGAAAGAGCCAGUCGAUGAGUAAUGUAGGGAGGAAUUUGCAGGACCUAGCAGUGGAUGAGAAUUUCCUGAUUGGACGACGUGAAAUCUCCAUGUGCAACUUGCGGAGUAGAGAACAUUCACAUGUUAGAAUAACAGAAGUGGUACCGUUAAAUAGUGCCCUAGUAUCUGCACAUAAUUUAGAUGAUUCAGAGAACUGGAAGACACCAGUGAAAGUGUUCAGUGAGAAAAGACGAGGAAAACCAAAAGAGGAUAAGAAAUUGUCUCGGAGAAUAAGAUCGUAUUACAAAGAGCAGGAUCAGUUGAUCAAAGCGUUUGAAGAUAUUCAGAUGGAUCAGUUAUGUACGAGUGAUGAGGAGGAACAGAAUUUACAGCUGCAGCAGAGAGCCAAUCGACUUGCCAAGGCAUCAUUCGCUGUCAAUUUGGUUUUGUUGAUUGUAAAAUCGAUAGCAGUAGCUUUAUCCGGCUCAUUGUCAAUAAUAUCAAGUUUGGUUGACUCCGUUGUUGAUCUUAUGUCUGGUGUUAUAAUUUGGUGGACGUCACGUGCUAUGAAACAUCACAACAUAUAUCAUUACCCUGAAGGACGAUCAAGACUGGAACCUAUUGCCAUUGUUAUUCUGUCUGUGAUAAUGUCGCUAGCAUCAUUUCAACUGAUUGUGGAGUCAGUACAGAUUAUCGUUGGGUACACAUCAAAAGAAGGAACCCUACCUUCAGUUCAGCUUCCUGUCAUCCUUAUAGCUGUUGGAACAAUUGUGUCGAAGUUUGUGUUGUUUAUGUUAUGUUAUUGCUUGGGUAAAGGGAGUAGCUCAGUGCAGGCGCUGGCUCUGGAUCACAGGAAUGACGUUCUCUCCAACAUUGUUGCCAUUGUCUGUGGUUACCUAGGCUCGAAAGAGUUUAUAUAUGAGGUGAAUAAAGAGGAUGUGAAGUACAUAGAUCCAAUGGGUGCUAUUCUGAUCAGUAUUUAUAUCUUAGUCAACUGGUGGAGAACUGGAUAUGAUCAGAUUAAACUACUGACUGGUCACACGGCAGAUCCGAACUUUCUCAGUAAGAUUACAUGGAUUUGUUUAAACCAUCACCAUGAGAUUAUAUACAUAGACACUGUGAGAGCAUUUCACUUCGGCAACAACUUCCUGGUUGAGGUAGAUAUCGUUCUGCCAGAAGACAUGUCGCUGAAAGAGGCGCACAACAUCGGUGAAUCUUUACAACAGAAGUUAGAAAAGUUUAAGCUUGUUGAACGAGCUUUUGUACACCUUGAUUAUGAAAUUGAACAUAAUCCAGCGGAAGAACAUAAAAUGAUCUGAGUAAGGGUAAUAUUGUAAUAGAAAUAAUAUAUUUACAUGAACAUAUUCAUUGAGAAACCAAAAAGUACAAAAUGUACAUUUUUAUAUGAAAAUUUUUCUAUUUUUAGCUCACCUGUCACAAAGUGACAAGGUGAGCUUUUGUGAUCGCACAGCGUCCGUCGUCCGUCCGUGCGUGCGUGCGUCCGUGCGUAAACUUUUGCUUGUGACCACUCUAGAGGUCACAUUUUUCAUGGGGUCUUUAUGAAAAUUGGUCAGAAUGUUCACCUUGAUGAUAUCUAGGUCAAGUUUGAAACUGGGUCACGUGUGGUGAAAAACUAGGUCAGUAGGUCUAAAAAUAGAAAAACCUUGUGACCUCUCUAGAGGCCAUAUAUUUCACAAGAUCUUCAUGAAAAUUGGUCAGAAUGUUCACCUUGAUGAUAUCUAGGUCAAGUUCGAAACUGGGUUACGUGCCUUCAAAAACUAGGUCAGUAGGUCAAAUAAUAGAAAAACCUUGUGACCACUCUAGAGGUCACAUUUUUCAUGGGGUCUUUAUGAAAAUUGGUCAGAAUGUUCACCUUGAUGAUAUCUAGGUCAAGUUUGAAACUGGGUCACAUGCGGUCAAAAACUAGGUCAGUAGGUCUAAAAAUAGAAAAACCUUGUGACCUCUCUAGAGGCCAUAUAUUUCACAAGAUCCUCACGAAAAUUGGUCAGAAUGUUCACCUUGAUGAUAACUAGGUCAAGUUCGAAACUGGGUUACGUGCCUUCAAAAACUAGGUCAGUAGGUCAAAUAAUAGAAAAACCUUGUGACCACUCUAGAGGUCACAUUUUUCAUGAGGUCUUUAUGAAAAUUGGUCAGAAUGUUCACCUUGAUGAUAUCUAGGUCAAUUUUUUAAACUGGGUCACGUGCGGUCAAAAACUAGGUCAGUAGGUCUAAAAAUAGAAAAACCUUGUGACCUCUCUAGAGGCCAUAUAUUUCACAAGAUCUUCAUGAAAAUUGGUCAGAAUGUUUUCCUUGAUGAUAUCUAGGUCAAGUUCGAAACUGGGUCAGGUGCCAUCAGAAACUAGGUCAGUAGGUCAAAUAAUAGAAAAACCUUGUGACCUGUCUAAAGGCCAUAUUUUUCAUGGGAUCUGAAUGAAAAUUGGUCUGAAUGUUUAUCUUGAUGAUAUCUAGGUCAAGUUGGAAACUGGGUCACGUGCGGUCAAAAACUAGGUCAGUAGGUUUAAAAAUAGAAAAACCUUGUGACCUCUUUAGAGGCCAUACCUUUGAAUUGAUCUUCAUAACAAUUGGUCAGAAUGUUCAUCAUGGUGAUAUCUAGGUCAAGUUCGAAACUGGGUCACGUGCCCUCAAAAAAUAGGUCAGUAGGUCAAAUAAUGAAAAAACCUUGGGACCUCUCUAGAGGCCAUAUUUUUCAUGGGAUGUGUAUGAAAGUUGGUCUGACUGUUUAUCUUGAUGAUAUAUAGGUCAAGUUUGAAACUGGGUCAACUGCGGUCAAAAACUAGGUCAGUAGGUCUAAAAUUAGAAAAAUCUUUUGACCUCUCUAGAGGCCAUAUUUUUCGAUAGAUCUUCAUGAAAAUUGGUCUGAAUGUUCACCUUGAUGGUAUCUAGGUCAGUUUUGAAACUGGGUCACAUGCGGUCAAAAACUAGGCCAGUAGGUAUAAAAAUAGAAAAACCUUGUGACCACUCUAGUUUAUUUUAGUAUAUAGCUGCUGCCAAGGUUGUUGCUCGCAUUCUUAAUGAUUAGUGUAGUAAUUUAUAUUUUGACAAAAUGUCUUGGAACAAAUUUGUGUUUGUAUUGUUGAAAUUCAUAAUAUAUCAUCAAACAUGUUUUUUUUUUCUUUUUUCAUUUAAUUUUUUUUUCUGUUCUUAAUCUGAGAAGUGUUCAGGGCUUUAUGUAUUUUGUUUGAAUAGAUUUUUUUAAUUAUUAGCAAAAACAGUCGUAUGCUGCCAUGGUAACCAUUUAACGUUAACAUGUAAAACACCUGUGCCUCUGAAAAGCUAUUAUUACCUUGAUAUGAUAAUGUUGUUUUUCUUCAGAAUAUCAUAUGAACUGUACAACAGCAUAAUGUCUUUUUUAUGAGAAUGUAUUGUAGUGGUGGUGGUGAGUUUUGCCAGUAUUUAUCAACAUUUAAGUCUGAUAUUAAAAAAGAGUUAAAUUUUUUAUCUAGUUAUUUUUUGCUAUGUUAUUGCUAAAUUCAUAUAGAUUUCAAUGAAUCAUUGCAUAAUGAUUUUAUUGUACUUUCUGAAGCUGCAGACAUCUCAAUUAAAUUUCAUUAGUAUUUAUUUACUGGAAGAUAUGGCAAGUAUUUAUUUGCUGCAAGUUAUGGCAAGUAUUUAUUUACUGGAAGAUAUGGCAAGUAUUUAUUUACUGGAAGAUAUGGCAAGUAUUUAUUUGCUGCAAGUUAUGGCAAGUAUUUAUUUACUGGAAGAUAAAGCAAGUAUUUAUUUGCUGCAAGUUAUGGCAAGUAUUAAUUUGCUGCAAGUUGUGGCAAGUAUUUAUUUGCUGCAAGUUAUGGCAAGUAUUUAUUUACUGGAAGAUAUGGCAAGUAUUUAUUCGCUGCAAGUUAUGGCAAGUAUUUAUUCACUGCAAGUUAUGGCAAGUAUCUAUUUGCUGCAAGUUAUGGCAAGUAUUUAUUUGCAGCAAGUUAUUGCAAGUAUCUAUUCGCUGCAAGUUAUACAGGGUGGAUAUAUAAUCCAGUGAUAACUCUACGGACUACAAAACAUCAUGGGUUUGAAAUCUGCUUUUCAAAAAAGACGUUGAUCUUGUGUAAAUUUUUUCGGUACUAAAAAAAUGCACAAGUAUACGAUAAUGCACUGUUGUUAGAAAUAUCCUGUCAAAUUGGCCAUUUAGGUAGUAUGUAGUUGAAUUUUACAGAAAAAGAUAUGUGUAUAAUUAUAACAAUGCGCAGUUACUAAAAAUUGCCAAUUAAACUAGUCAUAGGCAUUUUUUUUAAUUAUACUUUCCUCCGAAUAUGAUGUUAUAUGCCAGAAUGACUUUUUUUCAUUGGGAUAUGGAAAGUCCACUGCUUUAAUGAAUUUAGAUUAAUAGGACAAUAAGACAGAUGAGUUAAGGGAGGGUUUGUUGAUUUUAUGAAUAACGUGUUUGUUAUUGUUUUAUAAUUUUAUAUAAAUGUUUUCCAGAAAUAUAUAGUUGAUUAAGCUGUUUUGAUGUUACUGUUCUGUUACUGUUAUAUGAUAACUGUUGUAAAUAUGUAUUGUGUACUAUACUACUUGUAUAUAUUUUUGAGGUUUCUGGGGUUAUAUAGAUAUGAAUUGUUCAUGAUAGUGUCCUUAUAGUGACAUACAUUUUCAGAUGUAGUUGACCCCAAAUAACUGUUGUUAUUCCGUAUGGCUGCAUUCUCGUACUGAAUUUUGGCAUUCUGAUUUUCAUGUAGCUCAUACAAGCACCUGGCUUUCCCAUUGUACCUGGGAAUGCCGAAAUUGCAUAUGGAGAAUAUGUAACCAAAUUUCAGUAGGGGUCCACUACCGUAAUUAAAACUUAAAUGCCAAUGUCUGUAUUUAUCAAUGUUGUUAUUCUAAAAUUUUAAACUUUGUCUGAAAAACACCAAAAAUUCAUUUUGUCAAUUGUUUCUUUAUACUUGAUUCCUGCCACUGGAAUUAUGUUGAGCUGUCUUUUGCAAAGAUUCAUUACAUUUAAUCUUACCUUAACAACAACAAAGCUAUAAGAAAGUAAGUCUUUUAAAGUCCACUGUUUAAUCCACCUUUUCAGUAACAUAGUUUUUUCUUCAUUUCUCUUUAAAUAUAAGAUAAAACUUUUUAUAUUGUACGUCAUUCUAAAGAACUCUAAAGAAUGGUAAUGGAAGCUUUUCAAACUUUAAACAAAUCUUAAGUUUUGGAAUUUAUCAUCAAAAAACAAUUUUGAUGGAGGUAUUUCCUCCAUUUUGGACACCAAAACAUUUUAAAAUUUUAAUUUUGACUUUGUUUGUUGGUGGAUUGUUAUAAAACUUCCAAAAAUCUUAGUUAGCAUAAAACCAGCAUUUCCUUGUAAAAUUUUGAAAAUAGUAAUUUUUCAAAAUCUUUCAAGGGCCAGAUUUUUAUAUGCUGGAAAAAAUACGUUUUUAGUCAUUAAAUUGACAUUAUUUAAGAUAUUUAGAAUGUCUAAAAGAUCCUAUUACCACCCCUGGAGACUAUAACCUACAACAGGAUAAUGUAGAAUACAGCAGCAACUCAGGAAAACUUGUUGCGGGAAGGUAGAUCAGACAGUAAAGUCUCAAUUUUAGAUAUGAAACAUUGAUGGAUACAGACCCAUAUGGUCAUUGUAGGUUUUAUGGUCAUUGUAGAUCUGGUAUAUUAUAUCACAUGCUGUAUCUUAUCUGAAAAUAAGUACAGUUACUUCCCUUGAACUUUGUCAGAUAGUUUCUUGCCAGCAUUUAUUUGAGCCACACCAUAAGAAAACCAACAUAAUGGCUUUGCGACCAGCAUGGAUUCAGACCAGCCUACGCAUCCGCGCAGUCUGGCCAGGAUCCAUGCUGUUCGCUAUCUUAAUAUGUAUAGCACAAGACUACCAAUCAUUAAUCCUGGGCAGUGUGUUAUUCAGUGUUGGGAAUCAGAAUUUCUGUGUUGAUUUAUCAGUUCAGAAAGUGCUUGAUAGUUGGUUAAUCAUGAUGAAAAUCGGACAUCAAUUAUGGCCAAAGUAAGGUGGGAAAGCGAAAUUUUUGGAUUGUGGCCGGUAACAUAAUUCCAUUUAUUUUGGUACUUUUGAACGCAGUGCCCAGGUAUUGUUAUUGUAUAUGUGACUGAAGACAAGACUUGUAAGGUCCAUCAUUUUCCUGUUAAUCAUGCAGUGAAAAUAUACAUGACUGUACACAAGACAUGAAAGGUCUUCGGUGACCUCCAAAAUUUAGUCUUUGUGCUUCACCUUCUGAGCUAAUCCAGUGGGCAGUUUAUACAGCUUCAUCAUUAUUCCUGGCCUGUAACAUAAACAGGAUCUACAGCUCCUAUAAAAAUUCUGUAAAUCUUUUUACAGUCAAAGAGAUCUUGGCUAUCAGUGAAGAUGCUUUCUAUUUAUUUUGCUUAAUAAGUAUCUAUGUGUUUUAUGUAUUGAUCAGGGUGAUUCACAAUAUCACAAGGAAAUGGUCAGUUUUGAUUCUGUUGUUUUUUCUUUGCAUUAAUUAUGUCCAUUCUUAUUUCUAGCUUAAGAAACAAAAUGGUUUGUUCAUUUUGUCAAUGACAUUAUUAUUUUUGUUAAAUACUUAUUUUUAUACCCCCGAAGGGAGGCAUAUAGUUUUUGAACCGUCUCCAUAGGUCAAAGGUCCUAAACUCUAACAUCGGCCAUAACUAUUCAUUCAAAGUGCCAUUGGGGGCAUGUGUCAUCCUAUGGAGACAGCUCUUGUUUCCUGACAUUUUAAGACCCUGUUAAUGUGAUAUACCAAUUUAUUUUACACUAAAAAAGUUGGAUUUUAUAGAACAAUAUUGUAAAUGUUUGUGGCACAACACAGGAAUCUCAUGCCUUUGUUUAUUUCUGUUCCGGAUAAAUUGAUAUAAACUAAUGCUUGCCAGUGUUUCAAGUGGAUGAUGUUUUGUUUUUUAAAGAUUUUUUGACAUUUCUAUAUUUCAUGAAUAAAUAAGAAAUUUGUGAAUGAUUGUCUUAAAUUCAAAAUUAAUACUGAUCUCAGUGAAUAAUUUACAUAUUUACCCUUAUCAUGCUGGACACAAUUGCAGUCUGAUCAUGAUCUACACUGUCAUUAUGUCAGUAUCUUUUUUGGUAUGCACCCCUUUUAACUGUUAAUAGUACUGUCCAAAUUGAAAGAUGGACAUGUUCAUUAUAGAAAUUUAGCAGGGUAAGGGUUAACUGUAGUAACAAAACAGUACUAAAUAACCUUAGUAUAUAAGUAUUUUUAGUUAGGAUAGAUAAUGCAGCAUAUGUUUCAUUCGGAUUCUGUAAAACUCAUAAAAACUAAUUUUUUCAUUUGUAUGUAAUUUUGUCAUUCCAUGUUUAUACUGGUGAGGAGUAAUGUUCCAUGGAAGACGCUACUAAAGAUCUGAUACUGGGCAAGUGCAAUUCAGCAUUUCAUUUUAAGUGUGUAACUUUUCAAGUAGUUACAUAUACAUUAGAUACAAAAAAAAUCAUAAUAUUCAUUUUUGAAAAAAAGAUAGUUUUUCCAGUGUUUAUAUUAAAUUUUGACAUGUUGAAGCUGGUAUACUGUGAAAUCAUUUAACCCUUAUGCUGGACACGACUGAUUCUGCCUUUGCGACCAGUGUAGAUCAUGAUCAGCCUGCACAUCCAUGCAGUCUGAUCAUGAUCUGUACUGUUCGCCAUUCAGUUGUAAGCAUCCCUUUAACUGUUAAUGGUACUGUCCAAAUUGAGAGAUGGACAAGUUCAUUAUAGAAAUUUAGCAGGGUCAGUUAAUUUCAUGGACAUGACAUUUCAUGGUUUUGGUGAAAACUGCUAUUUUAUUGCAUGUAAGGUUAUGGAUGACAAGUUUAGGAAGAAUCAUUGGGAAUGAAUUUGGAUUGACCCAGUCACGAAAUCCACAAAAAAUUAGUUCAUCAGGAAUUUAAAUGAUUUCAUGGUAUGUUAGAUGUCUUUUAUGCCCCUCUUGAAAGAAGAGUGGGUAUAUAUAUUGUUUUACUCAUUGUAAGUUUGUAUGUUCUUUCCAUUGGCGGAUAGACCAUUUCGUUUCUGAUCAAUAACUAACGAGCAUUUAGUAUCCCCAUGAUCAAACUUCUUAGGAUAAUUGUCUGUGGUCAGUAGAGGAGCCCUAUGGUUUUGGGGAUCAGUAGGUCAAAGGUCAAGGUGGUAUUGACCUUGAGACACAAAACAGUUUCCGUUCAAUAACAAAAGAACUUUGGCCUGCAAUCAUCAGAUUUUAAUAGGAUGAUUGCCUGUAAUCAGUAGUUAAUCCCUUAUGUUGAGGGGUCAGUAGGCAAAAGGUAGCUUUUGUUGAUUUUACUCAUUGCUUUUUGCAUAUUGAUAUUUUGUUUUGCUUAUCCAUAUGAAAAUGGUUAAAUUCUUAUGUUAGGGCAUAGCUGCUGUAUGUACAUGAAUUAUGUUUUGUUACAGUGCUUAGUUUAUGCAAAUAUGUCUUGCGGUUGUGAUUUUUCGAUACCUUUUAACUUUGAGAUAUUAGAGCUGUAUAUAUGACAUACUAUACUGAACUUAAGUUUGGCUAGUUCUAGACUAGUCUGCCACUUUUUAUGCUCCCUCUUUGAUAACAGAAUAUAGUGUUGCCCCAUUCUGUGUGUUUGUGCAUGUAUGUGUGUUGGAAAAUUGUGUUUUCUGAGAACUUUAUUGUGAUUUUGGCAUGUAAUAGCACAAAUGGCAACCACAAAAAGAUGACUCCUUUGCAAGACCUAAACACCUAGCUCAAAGUCAAGGCCACACUUAGAGGUCAAAGAUUGUGUGUGACUAUUUAUGGAUGGAUAUUCAAGUAACUUGGCACAAACAUUAUCUAUAACUGUUUUGUCAUGUGCAAGGCUCAGACCGCUACCUUAAAAGUCAAGGUCAAAUUUUGAGGUAAAAAUUCAUAUCUGGUCAAUACCAUUUGCAUGCAAGGAUGGAUAUUCAAAUAACUUGGCAUCAUAACAAAAGAUAUGAUAUGACAUAUGCAAGACUCAGACCUCUAGUCCAAAGGUCAAGGUCACACUUGUAGGUAGAAAAAUUAAGGUCAUUGCAUAAUUAUUCAAGAGGAUUUGUGAUGUUCAAAUCUCAGACCUCAAGCUCUAAGGUCAAAAAGCAUCACACUUAAUGGUCAAAGGCUUUAUGCUAUAAGCUCCGCUACUGGAAAAUUUUCAGAUAGUAGAUUUACUGUUGUCAUGCUUUUGAUGGCAUCUGUGUAACAAGUUUGUAUGUUAAGCAGGGUUCUCUGUAACUACCGGAUCAAAUGCUUUUAAACUCCACACAAGUCAUCUGCAUCAUGAGAAAACCAAACUGUGCAAGAAAGAUAACUCUAGCUUACAUUUUCUCAGAAUUAUAGACCUUUUAAAAUUAAUUUUUGAUGGAUGUUCUGCAUUUAAGCAGUUUCUAAACCAUUUCUAUACCACAUACUUUCAAACUCCACACAAACCUUCUGCAUCAGGAGAUUUUAGCUCAGUUAUGCUUCUUCUUUUAUGCAGACAAUUUUGAUAAAGCUAGUAUUUUGUUGAAGUUUUCAUGCAACAGAGGCUUCAGGCUCUGUGUUUUUUAUGUCUGGUCUGUAACUUGUUUUUGUACCAGAUGGAUAUUCAUAUAACUUGUUAGUUUAUGAUCUGCAGAUCUGGUGUUUAUUUAAGCCAGAGUGUUUCUUGUCACAAAUAGAAUAUAUAGACCGAUAUCAUAUUUUCACACUUGUGCUGCAAUUUGUUAAGGGAAAGGUAACAUAAUAGAGACAUGAUUGAAAAUUUUCACUUUUUUAUGCUAUAAAUUAUGACCUAUGUGUGGAUGUGAGGUUAAACACAACCAGAAAAAAGUUGUAGGUUCAAAAAUGUUGCUGACAUAACAAUAAAUGACUGUUUCAGAGGUUGUCAGAUACAUUUUGCAGCACAACAUGAAACUAUUGUAACUGUAACAGAUAGAAAAAUUGCUGAGGUAGUUCUGUAAUUGGCAUUCACAUUUCAUAUGCCAUGUUUCUACCUUUUUUAGAGUGGAUAAAUGUCACAAAUGUCAAAAAUGGCCUGUCUUUCGUGAAACUGGAAACCAGGAAUGGAUUAGUGACUUGAUGUGUCAUAUACAGACACACAAGGAUCAGAUGAAUACAAUGUUACAUUUACCUUUAGGUAUAUACUGUUACAGUUAAAGGAUAUAUCAUAUUUGAUAAAUGGUCUGGUCUGAAGAAAAUAUUUUUAAGCAACUUCCUCAACAGUUACUGCAAAUUUGUUUCAAACAGAACUUUAUCAAAUGGAAGAAAAAAAAUGUCCUGUACAGAGAGGUUGGUUUUAUUUUGAUGGAAGUUUUUGGGGUUUUUUUAAUUCCCAUUAUAAUGAUGUUUUGGUGUGAUCUUGUGUGGGGAAAAGUAUGAAAGGUGUAUGUUUGUUACUUGUAGGCUCUGUAAAAUACAUUCAGCAUUCAGUGUCAGUUUUUGUAUAUUGUGUAUUCUGUUACAAAUGUAAAAUCUCACCCCCUCCCCUCCCUAAAAAGUCACUUUGUUUUUAUUUAAGAAAUAAAUUCAGUUAGGAACAGUAAUGUAUAGUUAUUCUAAUAAAUACAUUGUGUACGUAAAUUUGAUAAUUUUAGCAAAGGUAAAGUCAGACGUUUCUCAUUCAAACUAGUCUUUCUGAUUCUUCAUAUUUUAUUGUAAUACUGGUAUUUUACCAGACCCUUUCCUGUAAAUAUCUUUAAUUAUUAGAAGUAAAAAGAGACAUUUAUAAUGCUACACUAAGAAUUUUUGCAUGUAUUUUCAUGAGACAGUUCAGAGCACAUUUUAAAAAAUGACUCUGCUUUUAUCAUGUUAAGUGAAUUUUACUUUUCAGUACCCAGUGAGUCUUGUAUUUAUGUUAUAUAGUUAUAUACCUCAAUGCUGUAAAACAAUAAAAUGCCACAGAAUUA